AGAAAAAUUACUAGAAACACAAAAUUCAUCGUUCCGAGAUUACUUGGCUGUCAUGAGCUUGAAAUCUUGUCAGCGAGGCCAAAUCGAAAACCGUGCAAAAUUGUCAAAAAUCAGUGAUUUGAACGCCCAACUUAAGACAAAACAAAUUACUCCGAUGCAAUUUUUGGAAUUUGCCACAAAUUUAGUUCUCGGUGAUGAAGUUGUACCUAAAAGAACCUGUGAAAAUCAAGCAGGCCCAAGCAAAGAGGCGAAUGAUCAGACAGGACAAAACGAUGAAGAAGUAGAAGAAGAAUUUUAUGACAGUAGUGAUGACGAUAGUGUCGUUGCUGAAGAAAUACAGGAGGAAGUUAUAACUGUGAAGAAGUGGAUCAUUACAAAAAUUGAGGAAGCUAUCUCAUCAUAUGGAGAAGAUGGAAAAGAAAAAAGAAUUGUAAAAAAAAACAAAGAAAGAAGAGAACGUCAUUGA